UUUCUCUUUCUCUUUCUUUAUUCUCUGCUCAAAAGAAGACAUUGUUUUCCCUCAUACCAAGUCAUAUCCAUCUGGAUGCCAGUUAUUCCGAGCGCAUGAAGCUUUAAGAAGUUCUGGAUAUCUGAAAGAAAUCAGCAUGCGUUGGUUGGGUCUUUCUGUUGAUGUGUUCCGUCAAGUUGUGCGGUUGAAUUUGUAUUGUAAAGUUAUUCUGUAAAUCACCAUUUCCAUAAUAGUCUAUUAUAUUAGCUUUUUCCCUUGUUGCUUGGGCUACUGCCAUGGAAGCUACCCAGUGUUUUAUCUUUUCUUCUGAUAAGUAUAGAAUUGGCUAAGAUAUAGGAAGCGGAGGCAGAUUCCCUGUGUUGUAUACUUGUAUCUUUAGUGUGUCAUUGUUACAUAUUGAUCUCUAGUCUGGCCAUCCCUGUUUUUUGUUUGGUGUCUUCGUUGCCAUAUUCUGUUUGGCAUUUCUUUGGCGCACAUAAAACAUUCAGAUUGACUGAGUAGUGUGGUAAGGGUCAAAAGAAGUUAUGGUGUGCCAAGCAGCAAGCCAGACAAGAUUUCGGGCAUUGAAACAUGAGAAUGGCCUUGAAGGUGAAUCAACAAUUGUUGUUAGAGUUAUAGCUUGCUUCCAACCGCUGCACUUUUGUCAGGCUGAGUACUUCCGUCAUUUGCUUAAGCCCGUCACGUAGAUUUACUCAGAUUUCAUUUUCGUUAAGUUGGAGUUUGUUGUUUUCCUUUUCUUUCCUUUUUCCCUAAGAGAAGCAGCAAGUCACUGGAGAUCUAAUCCGAUAUCUGGUGUACAUAGCAUUUACGGGUCGUUUGUUUCGUUGAAUGGUUAAGGCUGAUAGAUGUUUGCCUCGCCCACAGCAUGUGGCUUGGCGAUAUCCAUAUUUGAAUUGCUUUGGCAUGCUGGAAGACCCCAGCAUACUUGGUAUUCCAGCAUGUUUAAAUUCUACCACUCGCAUCUUUCCUGCUGUCAAUGCAUUUCAAGGACCUGCAGCUCCUGCUAUCCCGGGUCCAAAGACUGAGCCAACAGAUGAGUUGAAACAUUUCCUUCGGCAUCCCAUUGCAAAAACAGGUUUCAAAGAAGUGCAUACUGGAGGGUCUUUGCAAAAUGCAAAUCCUGAAUCUUUGCAGAGAAAAUUCCUGAUUUUUGACCGCUCUGGUAAUAAGACACGAAUGUUUUACGGUCCUGGCCUCCCUCAUGUCCAGGGUCCAAUUAUUUCUGCUAGAGAAUUUCCUCUAGCUUGUGAUAUAAAUGAGAAGGGAUGGACAAGUAGUAUGCGUCAAAAUGGUCUAGCCGAUUGCAGUUUACCAAAAAAGUCUGAUAAUGAUCAUGUAGGUCAUGAAGAAAGUGAAAUGCAUGAAGACACGGAGGAAAUCAAUGCAUUGCUUUAUUCUGAUGAUGAUGACAGUGAUUAUAAUGAUUGUGAUGAUGACGAGGUAACAAGUACAGACCAUUCCCCUUUGGUUACUAAAAGGACCUAUGGUAUGCAAGAACAAUUUCAACACACAACUGAGGGGGUUGCUAGCUAUGACUGGCCUAACAAAAGGCCGAAGUUAGUUGAUGGUGGCUGCAAUAGAUCACCACAACCUGUGGACAGUUCCAGUUCGUUAAGACCAAAUGAAAACCACGAGUGCAUUAGUGAUGCUGAAUCACAGAAUUCUUUUGGCGCUGAGAAAGUAGGUAAAUCAAUGGCAGGUGAUUUUCAGUUGAAAAAGGACCAGAUUCGGGAAUUAUUGAGAGUUCUUGAGAACUUGAUUCCUGGUGCAAAAGGAAAGCAGCCACUUUUUGUCAUUGAUCAAACUAUUGAGUACUUGAAAUCUUUGGCGUCCAAAACUCAACACUUGGAGUAAACUAUAAUUAGCUACUCACUGCCACCCAGGUUCAAGUUUUAGUAUGUUGGUUGAAGUGGAAAGAUGCAUUUCUUUGAGCUCUUUUUUAACCUAGUAUGCUUGCUUGUUUCUUUUCUUUUUGUUGCGGUGUACAUAUGUUUGGGAAAUAAAGGUACUAAUGCUAAAAUAGAUAGUACUACUCUCUUUACCACUGUAGCUGGAGCAAAUUGCGCAAUGGGGCUUCAAUUUGUUGACCAAAUGAUUACAAUAUAGUAGCUUUUGUUGAAGGAGUAAAGGGUCACAGAUUGAAGGGUAUGGAGGCAGUAGUGGCAAGCUGUGCUGUAAAUAUGAGGACCCUCUCCUUUUUUUCUCUCAAGUGUUGCACCCGGUUGGUGAUUGAAUGCAUGCGCAUUGAGUAACUGGGGUCCCACACUCCACCCUCUUUUUUCAAUUCUUGAUUUCAUGCUUUUGUCCUCUCUUUCAUCUUUCAAAGUAUGCAUACAUAACAUGCUGCCAUAAAACUCUUAAAGUACCAUGAAAGUUCUCCUUGUGUUGGGGAUAGUGCUUGAAGGGGAGAGAGCCCUCCUAGUGUUCAUCAUGAGUUUCUUGAUGGGGCCCCUUUGUGUUUGGGUAUAGCAUUUGUGGUGAAGGGUUACUUUUGUUUUGAGGGAGGAAUGAUGAUCAACAAUUCUAGUUUAUCGUACUUUGUGAUUGAUAUAGGUCGUUAUGCUAUUAUGUACUAUAUAGCAUGUGUCGGUUGUUUUGAUUGUGUGAAUAAUUGUAAUGUGAAAGAUUAUGGUAGUGGUGUAUCAUGUAUGCAGGUUUAUCUUGUCAGGUGUCUGAUGUGCUUCAUGCUUGUAUAUGUUGAAUCUUGAAUAAUUUAAUAUUACUAUCUAUCUAUGAUCCCA